GUUUGUGUACUUUUUAUUAUAGGUUAGGCAUUUAGGCUAGAGGCCUGAGCUAGCUUACAAACAAGAAAUAAUUUUAUUUCGUGUAUGCAAUAGGCAGCAGCAAUGGCAUCACUACUAGAACAGUACGAGCAGGCUACAGCAAGGGCAGCAUCAUCUGUGCCUGUACGUGCUAACAAGACUAAUAAUGAACCGAUAUCUUCAGGCUUUGUGACUGCAAGAUUAGAACCAGAAGAAGUGCGCAUUUUCAAUAAACAAAGAGUUAAUUUCAAACCUGAGAAACCAAUCACAAUGCUUACAGUAAACAACAACAUCCUUGUGAUGGCAAUGACCAACAACAAGAUUUUACGGAUUGAUCUAGAGCACCCCGACCAGCCAGAUGACAUUGAUCUGACUAAGAAUCCUGAUGACAAAGUUCAUAAGAUCUUCUUGGACCCCAAUGGUCGUCAUCUUAUAAUCAGCAUGCAAAAUUCACAAGAUGUGUAUUACCUGUCUAAACAUUCAAAGAAAGCUAAGCCUAUUCAGAAAAUGAAGGGUUACCUUAUUGACUCUGUAGGUUGGAAUAAAGCUAAUGCAAGUGACAAUCAGACAGGAGAGAUUCUGGUAGGAACAAGUAGAGGUUUGAUUUUUGAGACUGAACUUCAGUCAGGAGAAGACAGCAGAUUUUUCUUACAAAGCCUGGAGCAAUACUGGAGACAGGUGUUUGACUUGGGUAAAGAUGGUCCUGUAUCAGUGACUGGUCUUGAGGUAGAGAGAAUCCCAUCCAAUGUACACAAUGAGAGGAGAUAUUUUGUAAUGGCUACUACGCCUGGACGUAUGUACCAGUUUAUUGGCACGAUACCAAGUUCAGCUGAACCCCCUGUCUUUCAACAUGUCUUCCAGACCUAUGAAGACACUUUAGCUCCUAGCUUCUUGGAAUUACCUGGUAACUUUGGUUACAGUGACCUGGUGUUUUUUCAUCCUAAAUUUAGAUCGCCACCAAGGAAUUUUGCAUGGAUGACUGGUCCUGGCGUGUACUACGGUUCUUUUGAUUACACUUUGCAAGCUAAAGAUAAUAUAACGAAAGAUGCAAGUUUACUGCAGAAUCCAUUUGGGGACAAAGAGACGUCUGUGAAACCACUGGCAGUUUUAUUGACUGAAUUCCAUAUCCUGUUACUGUUUCCUGAUAGGUUACGUGUAAUGUGUGCGUUGAAUGAACAGCUGGUGGAUGAGGAUGUCUACCAAUCAAGAUUUGGCAAAUUGCUUGGUAUUUGCAAGGAUCGUGUAAAAGGAACCAUUUGGUCCUAUACAAACCAGUCAGUGUUUAAGUACAAAGUCACCAGGGAAUCCAGGGAUGUGUGGAGAAUGUAUCUUGAUAAAGGAGAAUUUGAUCUCGCCAAGGAAUACUGCAAAGACAAUCGAGCAAACUUGGACCAAGUGCUGACAAAGCAAGCUCAAUUUUUCUUUGAAAGUGGCAGGUAUGAGAAAAGUGCAAUGUACUUCGCACUUACUGAAAGGUCAUUUGAGGAAAUUGCUCUUAAGUUCAUUGAAUCCAAGCAAACUGAUGCACUCAAGUCAUUCCUUGAAAAGAAACUUAGUUCAUUUAAAAGUCAAGACAAAACACAAAUGACAAUGCUGAUCACAUGGCUGAUAGAACUCUACUUGAACCAACUUGGGGAACUGAAGGAAUCAAACCAGGAACGCUACAAUGUGAUUCAUGAACAGUUCCAGAAAUUUCUUGCUCAAAGCCGAGUCAUGGAGUGUUUGUCAAAUAACAAAACUACAGUGUAUGACUUGAUAGCAAGCCAUGGAGAUAUUGAAGAUAUGGUCUUCUUUGCUAUGUUAAUGCAAGAUUACGACAGAGUGGUAUCCCACCAUAUACAGCACGGCGAUUACAAAUCCGCACUCGAUGUACUCAACAAACCUCAGGACGAUCAGCUGUUUUACAAGUUCUCUCCAGUUCUCAUGCAGCACAUUCCAAAGUCCCUUGUAGAUGCCUGGAUCCUGAUGAAGAAGAAGCUUGACCCGAAGAAGUUGAUACCUUCACUGGUGCAGUAUGACCACAGUGUUCAAACAAGCCAGACCAAUGAAGCAGUACGUUACUUGGAAUUCUGUAUCGUUGAGCUUGUUAACCAAGAAUCUGCAAUUCAUAAUUACCUGUUGUCUUUAUAUGCCAAGUACCAACCCAACCAACUCAUGAACUACCUGCAGAGACAAGGAGAUAUUUCCGAUAACGUUCCAUAUGAUUUGAAGUAUGCUCUGCGUUUAUGUGCGGAACACAGCCACAAGAGAGCGUGUGUACACAUUUAUACGACUAUGGGAUUGUAUGAAGAAGCAGUAGAGCUUGCUCUGGAGGUUGAUGUGGACCUUGCCAAAAUUAAUGCCAAUAAACCAGAAGAUGACGAGGACCUGAAGAAGAAGCUGUGGUUGCGCAUUGCACGGCACGUUGUGGAGAAAGAGAAUAACAUCAAACGUGCCAUGGAAUUCCUGCAGGAAAGUCAAUUAUUGAAGAUUGAGGACAUUCUGCCGUUCUUCCCAGAUUUUGUUACUAUCGACCAUUUCAAGGAAGCGAUUUGUAAUUCACUCGCCGAAUAUAAUCAGCACAUUGAGAAGCUAAAGCAGGAAAUGGAAUACGCCACAGAGAGUGCCCGAUCCAUCAGAUCGGACAUACAAGAAAUGAGGAAUAAGUACGGCAUUGUAGGCCCGCAGCAAAAGUGCUCAACGUGUGGCUUCCCCCUUCUCAGCAGAACCUUCUAUCUGUUUCCAUGCCAACACAUGUUCCAUAGUGAUUGCCUUAUUGCUGAGGUACUACCAAAUCUCAGUGAGAGUAAAAAACUAAAAGGACAAGAGCUACAGAGAAAGCUUGUCACCUUUGGCACACAGCCAACUACAUCUUCCAGCAGCAACGCACUAUCAGCAGGAACAUCGACGCCGGAUGUUGUCACAAGGCGAGACCUACAUGAUCAACUGCGUAAUGAACUGGAUGACAUUAUCGCGGCUGACUGUGUCAAUUGCGGAGAGAUCAUGAUCAGAUCAAUUGAUAAACCGUUUAUUGAAGCAGACGAAUAUGAGAGUGCUGUUAGCAGUUGGCUAUGAGAGGAUUGCGAUCACGGACAAACAACAAAUCAACGUGGACAUGUCCAGCGAUUGCCCAGGGUACAUUCUAAAGCCAAGUGGAUGCAAAUUAUCUUGUAAUAAUUGCAACACACUGUAUUGCUGUAAGGUGUAUUUGUUAGUGCGUCACUAUCAUGAAUUUAUUUCAUAGUUAAAGUAUAUUCUAAAAGAUAUAUGAUUAUAUUAAUAAUAAUCAUGAUGAUGGUGAUUAUAAAUCACUGCUCUAGUUUUCUAUUAUUUUCUAUUUUUGUCUAGUCAAAACUGGUGCAUUUUAAAUGUUUUUAUAUUAUUAUUGUGAUUAUGACAAUAAUAAUAAUGUGAUUGUUAUUCUUUGUAUCAUCAGUUGAUGAAGAUAUUUAUGAUAAUAAUGAGUAUAAUUAUACUUAUUAUCCUCAUCAUAAUGAUAGUGAUAAUGAUAGUACUAC